AGCUACACGCUGGGGAGCUGCGGCGUUGUCAGCUUGCCUGGGUCAUUUGAAGGUUAGCAGGCUGAGAGAGGUUCACACAAAGUUCACUGGCAUAUAUUAGGCUAUUCAAUCUUUCAUCCUCUGCCAAAACUAGUUGGAAAUAAGCAGACGAGGAGUAGGCGGAGUAUCGGCAAGGUAUCGGCGAAGAUGGGGAACACGUGCUUUAAAAAAAAGAGUCCGGGUAAUUAUAUUGGAUUUUUGAAUCGAUCAUAACGCUGCGACGUGUGUCGACGAUAGAGACGCACCGGGUUUCAGUGCCCACACAUGGAUGAUGUGAGUUUUUUUUUUUUUUUUUUACCCAGGCAGACUCCGGAUCAGUUCUCAUCCAGCAGUGCACCAGGUGGACUUCGGGUCGAAAGGAAUUGAAUUUUGCUCGCAAAUAUUUCUUAGUUUUUGGUCAGAAAUAAUUAAUGAGUCUCGUGCGGGACGAAUGCGGAGAAUGAGAUCCGCCGCGUCAAGAAGAAGAUGAAGAAAAAGGAAAGGGAGAGGAGGAGGAGGAGGAGGAUUGAGGAAGAAUAAAGGACUUUUGAUAGAGUUUUUUUUCCGGCUUCUAAAUUAUUUUACACGCAGCACUAGUUGAGCAACCGUUAUGUUCGACUGCAUGAACGUGCUGGCCGUCAGCACCGGGCAGAUGCUGGACUUCUACAAGGCCGCUCCGUCCUCCUGUAUGCUGCAGGAGAAGGCACUGAAAGCCUGCAUCCACGGACUGACGCAUCGAGAGUGGAAUCAGAUACGGAGCGCACAAUCCAUUGAAACACAGAGCACCAGUUCUGAAGAGCUUGUCCCUAGCCCACCGUCUCCGCCACCCCCACCAAGGGUCUACAAGCCCUGCUUUGUCUGCCAAGACAAGUCUUCAGGAUAUCACUAUGGUGUCAGUGCCUGUGAGGGCUGCAAGGGUUUUUUCCGGCGAAGCAUCCAAAAGAACAUGGUAUACAUGUGUCACAGGGAGAAGAAUUGCAUUAUCAACAAAAUGACAAGAAAUCGCUGUCAGUACUGCCGUCUGCAGAAGUGCUUCGCAGUUGGAAUGUCAAAAGAGUCUGUUCGGAAUGACAGGAAUAAGAAGAAAAAAGAAAGCCCAAAUCCUGACCUGACAGAAAGAUAUGAAUUGACAGCUGAGCUGCAGAGUAUCAUUGAAAAGAUUUGCAAGGCCCAUCAAGAGACUUUUCCUUCCCUCUGCCAGCUUGGCAAAUACACCACGAACUCAAGUGCAGACCACCGUGUGAGGCUGGACCUUGGCCUGUGGGAUAAAUUUAGCGAGCUGGCCACAAAGUGCAUAAUCAAGAUCGUCGAAUUUGCCAAAAGAGUCCCCGGAUUCACGGGUCUUACUAUGGCGGACCAGAUCACAUUGCUGAAAGCUGCUUGCCUGGACAUUUUGAUUCUGCGCAUCUGUACAAGGUACACCCCUGACCAGGACACCAUGACCUUUUCGGAUGGGCUUACCCUCAACCGGACGCAGAUGCACAACGCUGGCUUUGGCCCUCUAACUGACUUGGUGUUCACGUUUGCAAACCAGCUUCUCCCUAUUCAAAUGGAUGACACAGAGACCGGUCUUCUCAGCGCCAUCUGCCUAAUUUCCGGAGAUCGUCAGGACCUAGAGGAGCCUGCCAGAGUCGACCGGCUCCAGGAGCCACUAUUGGAAGCUCUAAAGAUCUAUGUAAGGAAGCGUCGUCCCAGCAAACCACAUAUGUUCCCCAAAACACUGAUGAAGAUCACCGACUUGCGCAGCAUCAGCGCUAAAGGAGUGGAGCGUGUUAUCUCUCUGAAGAUGGAGAUACCAGGGUCCAUGCCUCCGCUCAUUCAAGAAAUGCUGGAAAACUUGGAGGGUCAGGAAAACCAAAGCAAUGGGAGUCUGAGUAGCAUCGACCACCCAGAUGAGGUUGAUACCUCCUUAAAAUCCCCGGACUCCUCGGAAACGGAGGGGCGUGCAUCCAGUCCUCUAAAUGAUGAACAAUAAAAGGGCAAACUGUUGUAUUUCUGCACUAAAAACAUAUUUAAGGCAGGGCACACAUUCCACCUGUGAAGACAUUUUUGGCUUGACCAUCAAUUGUAUUGAUACCACAAUAGCUGUUUGUCUGUAAUUCACCUGAUCCUCACCAAUUUUCAUGACAAAAAGGAAAAUUAACAAGAAGGUGAAAGUUCUCACCACCAAAGAAAAUCUUUAAUGGUAAGUCUGUGACUACAACAGAUGAGAGGAACAGCUCAAGAGGCUGCCAGAGAAAAUACCCUGAAGGUCUCAUUUGUAAAUCCAUAACUGCAUGACCGGAGAUGGAUAAUUGGUUCUCCCUUCUCUGCCUUUCUCUUUCUUUUCUCAUGCCCGUUUUUCCUGACAUUGCUGCAGAUAAGUACCAUUGUAGAUACCAUUGUUUCAUGGUGAAUUUUGUGGUGGUUAUUAUUGUCUUAAAUAUUAUCUUUUAUGAAUAUACAACAGGAUGAAGUGUGGACAAUUUGUCUACACAGUAUUACCACAUAGUAGAGAACUAUUUAGCUUUUAAAUUAAAGCUAAAACAGUUACGGGCUACAAACUUGCCUUCAAGAAAUCCACAAACUGAUCAUGAUUUUUUUCUUUUUAGCACUUACUAGUUACAUAGACAUAAAGUUAUGAUUUUUCUGUUUUCCUAAGAAUAUAUAAUAAAGUGUUAAAGUACCCGGGAGAGAGACAUAGGUUAGUGACCAUUAAACAUGAACAUCCAGAAGUACGGGAGGUAGGUAUAAAGCCUUAUUAAACAAUCAGGUGACAGAUAAGAAAAUGUCAAUUGUAGGUGUCUCUUUUGUAAUGUUUUUUUAAAAGGAUGUUACAUAUCCCCUUGUCAAUACUAAUCCGUAACCUUGUGGGCCAUUUGAGCUGAUGUACGUGCAACAAAACUCAUAUUUUUGUUUAAGUUAACACAAUUACUCACUAUGACACCUAGGCUGGUUUAGGUGAACACAAUACUGAAACACUCACAGGAAUUGAAGAAAGUAAAGAAAAUUAAUCGUAUCGCCAGUUUCUGUCGCAUAGAUGAACAAAGACACACUAUUUGCAAUACACAAGUAAUAGAAAUAGAAAGAAAAUACUCCAAAUAAUGUGCAGUCCUGUAUGUAAUGGGAAACCUGGUCACCCUUAACCAGCUGCCAUAUUGCAUUGUAAUAAUUGAUUUUCUUGAAACAUAACAGGAGGUUAUGUUUAACUGUUAUCACGAGACACUGCAAUAGUUGGUCCAGUGUUGGCCAUAUCCUUAUUUGUACAUCUUUGUACAUGUGAGAGAAGUUAUUUAAUCUAUUUUCUGCAUAUGUUAUUCGUAAUUAACAAACUCUACCAUCUUGUUAUGUAUUCAAUAAUUAAUGAAAUGAAAGAUGAUUACAUUUAUCACCAUCAUAGUAGUCCAAAACCCCGUUGUCAUCAGUCGAAGCUACUUAUCUGGC